GCGCGUGCUCUGCUCGCUCAGGUAGAAGAUACAAACAAACCAGGAAGUGUCUCCUACGCGUACGCCUUUCGUGUCAUUUAUACGUUUAAAAAAUGUCAAAUGAAGUGCGAUAUUGCGACAGGUGCUCGUACCUCUUUCUCAAGUUCUCGUUAAUCGUAUAUGCAACCAUUUUCUGGCUCAUAGGGGGCUUUAUUUUGGCCAUCGGCAUUUAUGCGGAGGUGGAGAGGCAACAGUACAAAACUCUGGAAGGAGUAUUCCUGGCUCCUGCCAUUAUCCUCAUCGUGCUUGGUGUGAUCAUGUUCAUCGUCUCCUUCAUCGGUGUUCUUGCAUCUCUCAGAGACAACUUGUGCCUUCUCAAAGUGUUUCUUUACAUGCUGGCUCUCUGUCUCAUUUUGGAGCUGGUCAGUGGGAUUCUUGCUUUGAUCUUUAGGAGACAGACAGAAGACCUUCUCAACAAAAACAUCCGUAAAGGCAUGGUCAACUACUAUGAUGACCUCGAUUUCAAAAACAUCAUGGACUUUGUUCAGAAAAAUUUCAAAUGUUGUGGGGGAAAUGACUUCAUGGACUGGCAGGUGAACAUGUAUCAUAACUGCUCUGCUCCUGGUCCUCUAGCGUGUGCGGUUCCUUACACCUGUUGUCUGAGCAAGCCUUCAGAAGUUGUUAAUACUUUAUGUGGACACAAGGCCCUGGAAAGAGAGAGGCUACAAAAUAUAGAUGUGAUCUACACCCGUGGUUGCACCAAUGCCGUCUUCAUUUGGUUCAUGGACAAUUAUAAAAUCAUGGCUGGACUUCUUCUGGGCAUCUUAGUUCCUCAGUUUUUUGGUGUGAUCUUUACCUGGCUUUAUAUCACCCGUGUGGAAGAUGCCAUCGAGGAGUAUGGACACUAUAUGGACGGUCUGCUUGACAGCGGAUCCCCAGAGACCAAGUAUCAAAGCAAGUGGGCCAAAUGCUGCAAAUGCAUGCCUUUAAUUGACUGAGUGAAAACUCAGAGCCUUACAUUGGAAGGAAAAAAGGGAUCUAUACAGGUACUAUCAUGUGCUGUGGAUGAAACGAACCAUUUGUAGCUCUGCAAAACUCAACCGCGCGUUACUUUUGUAAUAUCAGCCGCAGAAACACUGAUGCGAGCAAUUUUUGCACUGUCAAUAUCCUUUUCACAGUUACUCCCAGGAAUCAUUAUUUCAUCCGUCAGCUGAAAAUGGGUGUUUUUUUUGUGUCAAGAUUUACUGAUGCCAGGACUGGCCUUCUUUCUCAGUACUAAAUCAGAUCUGAGGCAGUACACUAAGGCUGCGUCAUGUUGACGGAGUCAGAAUGCCUUUAGAUUUUACACAGCUUAGUUGCGUUUAACAGGGAAACUGAUUUGAAAAUUGGCACCCUGUCGGUCUCAGGUAUACAAUUCAGGGGUUUUUUUUCACAUUAGUGAACUUCUAAAUCAGUAAAAACGGCAGCUACUUUGAUUAUAAUAACGCUGUUUCCUUUGCCACAUUGUGUCUAAAAUGGGCAACAGUAUAAAGCCUGACUCUAACACAUUUAAAAGCUGUGUAAAUCCAAUCUUUUAGUUCGCAAUCUUUUUUUAAUUUGAUAAUUGUUUUAAUUCAGAUGGAGUCUGAAAUGGGUUGUAUCUCUUAAUUUUAAUGCUACAUAUUUCUAUCCGAGAAAGUGUUUUUCCCUUUCUUGUUUGCCAAAAGGUGAUGGGUUUUUAUAUUAUCCUCUAUUCUGUUGUCUGCUGUGUCUUUAUUAAGCAUGAACACAAGUUAACUGCAUAUCUUGACCUGUUUUUGUAAUAAAUACGAUAUUUCCUGUCAUUUAAUGGUAGUAGAAGCAUCUGAUGGCAUAUUUAUUUAAAUGCGCAAAAUAUUGCAUUCGUAUGUCAUUUUGAGUGAAAGAUAAUUACAAACAAGCAGGGUGAAGUGAAUAAUAACAUUUAAGCCUUAACUCUUUUUUUUUCAGUUUUUCAAUGACUAUAUCUUGAUCUGACUGUUAAAGCUGAGUAUUGCCCUGAACACAGUGAGCGUCCUGCUGAAUGAAUGAAUAAAUGAUGUUUACAGA